CCCGGCCGAGCCAUGGGGAGCAGCGGGGCCGGGGCCGUGUUGCUGACGCUGUCGCUGCUCCUGCAGCCCACGUCUCAGUUCUGGCUCUUCAACGUCCUCUUCCCACCCACCACCACCCCAGAAGCUCCCCCGACCAACAGCACGCCGCCCGUGGUCCUCGUGCCCGGGGGGCUCGGGAACCAGCUGGAAGCGAAGUUGGAUAAGCCGGACGUGGUGAACUGGAUGUGCUACCGCAAAACGGAGGAUUAUUUCACCAUCUGGCUCAACCUCAACACCUUUCUGCCAGUGGGAGUCGACUGCUGGAUCGAUAACACCAGGGUGAUGUACAACCGCACCUCUCGGAAAAUGUCCAAUGCCCCAGGGGUGCACAUCCGCGUGCCCGGCUUCGGGAAGACCUAUUCUGUGGAAUACCUGGAUCGGAGCAAGCUGGCAGGUUACCUGCACACCCUGGUGCAGAACCUGGUGAACAACGGCUACGUGAGGGACCAGACAGUUCGGGCAGCCCCUUAUGACUGGAGGGUCAGGCCCCAGGACCAGCCUGAAUACUUCCAGAACCUGAAGGCACUGAUCGAGGAGAUGCACGAUGAGUACCAGCAACGCGUCUUCCUCAUCGCACACAGCAUUGGCAACCUGAACAUCCUCUACUUCCUGCUACAGCAGACGCAAGCCUGGAAAGAUCAGUACAUCGGGGGUUUCAUCUCCCUGGGUGCCCCCUGGGGAGGGUCCGUCAAGCCCCUGCGUGUCCUGGCGUCCGGUGACAACCAGGGCAUCCCACUCAUGUCCAACAUCAAGCUCCGUGAAGAGCGGCGCAUGACCACCACCAGCCCCUGGAUGCUCCCAACGAGACUGGCCUGGCCCGACACCCAUGUUUUCAUCUCCACACCCUCCUACAAUUACACCUACCAGGACUACCAACGCUUCUUCACUGACAUCAACUUGGAGGACGGCUGGUACAUGUGGGAGGACACAAAGGACUUGCUGAAGGACCUGCCCCCUCCUGGGGUGGACACGUAUUGCCUCUAUGGCACGGGCUACCCCACCGUGGAGACUUACAUCUAUGACGAGCGUUUUCCUUACGAGGACCCUGUGGACAUGAUCUAUGGUGACGGGGACGACACCGUCAACAAGCGCAGCUUGGAGCUGUGCAAGCGUUGGCGCGGCCAGCAAAAGCAGAAAGUGCAAGUCCACGAGCUGCGAGGCGUCCACCACCUUAACAUGGUCUUCAGCAACCUGACGCUCAGUGUCAUCAAUGAAAUCCUGCUGGGGAGCUCGGAGGAGCAGGAGGAGCUGGAGCAGGGGAGAUCCAGCCCAGAAGUGAGGAAGGCGGGGAAGAUCCGACCCGGACGCAAAGUCCUUAAGGAGCCCAAAAAGAACUGA